AUGGAUGCCCAACUUGAGAAAAGCAACAAGGCUAAUUAUGAUCACUACGAGCACACUGAUUCCUGCAGAUUCUUGCGAUGGACCGCUAAGGAAUGCUACCAGUAUAUGUACUCAAGGCCAUGGCAGAAGGUUAAUGAUUUCUAUUCAGAAAUGGUGCAAGGAAGGGUCUCAUUGUCGAAUUUGUUUAAGAAGGAGGCCCUUGCAACUUGUGAAGAUUCUGAAUACAAAGAGGAUCAUGCAGAUGUUGUUCAGUCAAAAGAUCGAUCCGGAAGGUGGGCAAGGGUUACGUUUAAGAUACUGCUCUCAUACCAUGGCAGCUCCUUUGAUGGCUGGCAGAAGCAGCCUGGUCUGAAUACCGUGCAAGGAAUAGUUGAAAGAUCUCUUGGUAAAUUUGUGGAUGAGAAGAAAAGUCAACUGCUGAAGGAGAAAAAUUUACCACUAGAAGGCUGUGCUGUAGUUGCUGGACGCACCGACAAAGGAGUUACUGCUUUUCAGCAAGUUUGUUCUUUCUAUACAUGGCGUGAGGAUGUUAAACCGCAAGAAAUUGAAGAAGCCAUCAACAAUGCUGCACUUGGGAAGAUGAAGGUCAUUUCAGUUGCCAAGGUAUCACGUGAAUUUCAUCCAAACUUCUCAGCCAAAUGGAGGCGCUACUUGUAUAUCUUUCCUUUCAAUGAUGGAGAAGGUGAACAUGGCAGUCAUGUUGAGAAGGAUAGUAACGAAUAUAGAAAGGUUUGUGCAGAUUGGAUUCAUAAUAACUACACCUGUGUGAAAGAUAAUGGCCAUAACGAUGACAAUGAGGAAAUGGAUGCUGGAAACAAACCGACCAUGUUUGAAGUAAGCAAGGUUGACCGACUUCUAAGGCAACUUGAAGGAAAGUUGCUGUCCUACAAGAUGUUUGCACGAGACACUAAAGCCUCAAGAAACACUGGUCCACCAACUGAAUGUUUCGUCUUCCAUGCUCGAGCUAUGGUAUCAGCCUUACCAUUUGCACAGGAUGGGACUAGUACGCGGGUUAUGUGCAUAGAGUUGGUGGCUAAUCGCUUCUUACGGAAGAUGGUUCGAGUUCUUGUAGCAACAGCAGUAAGGGAAGCGGCAGCUGGCGCUGAAGAUGAUGCGUUGCUGAAGCUGAUGGACUCCUCAUGUAGAAGAGCCACAGCUCCACCUUCACCCCCUGAUGGCCUCAGCCUUGUGGAUGUUGGGUAUACAGAUUUUGUUCAAAAAAAUUGUUUCAUUUCUUAA